UGAAAUGAGAUGUCGUGGAGGUGAGAGCGCGUCAGUUAGUGCCAGUGAAUUUACGUAGAUACGACGUAAUGUGUUGAUGUAUGUGUACAGUUUUUAAAGCCAGCCAACAGCAAGCAACAAUAUGAUGGAGGAUCCGACGCAAGUGUCGUACACAGAACUGCCAGUUCCUUUGCUAUCAACGCAGGCCUUGCUAAGGCAUCACUACCACACGACACGGUACCAGCCGUAUAACCGGUUACACCAACCUCAACAUUUUCUUUCUCAUUCAGCCGUCCAUGAGUUGCAUGCGCUCACAAGAACAAUUGAGGAGGAGGAGCAGGUGGACGACUACGACUUGGGCAAGACUCACAUUUCCUGUCUCUAUCCCGAAAUUCUGGCCAUCAUUUUCAGUUACCUGGAGGUGAGAGACAAGGGCCGGGUGGCACAGGUGUGCACCACAUGGAGAGAAGCCGCUUACCUUAAGUCUGUGUGGCGAGGAGUCGAGGCCAAGUUGCACCUAAGACGGACGAAUGCAUCGGUCUUCGCUUCGCUUGUCAAACGGGGCAUCAAAAGGGUACAAGUUCUGUCCCUGAGGCGCUCCCUCCGAGAAGUCAUACAGGGCAUACCAAACUUGGAGUCACUAAACCUGAGCGGAUGUUAUAGCGUUGCAGAUGUGGGAAUUACUCAUGCCUUCAUUACGGAGGUGCCGUCGCUCACACAGCUCAACCUAUCGCUAUGCAAACAAGUCACCGACAAUUCCUUGAGUCGGAUAGCGCAAUACCUAAAGAAUUUAGAAGUAUUGGAGCUGGAAGGUUGCUGCAACGUCACCAACACUGGACUGGUUCUGAUAGCUUGGGGGUUGAAAAAAUUGAAAAGACUGAAUCUUAGAUCUUGUUGGCAUAUAAGCGACCAGGGAAUCGAACAUUUAGCCGGGGGCAACGUGAAUCUAGAAUACUUGGGCCUUCAAGAUUGUCAAAGGCUUUCAGACGAAGCACUGAAGCAUGCCACCUGCUUACCCUUACUCAAAUCCAUCAACCUAAGUUUUUGCAUAAGCAUCACAGACAGCGGACUGAAGCACUUGGCGAAAAUGACGAGUCUUAGAGAACUGAAUUUACGAUCAUGUGAUAAUAUUUCCGAUAUUGGUAUGGCGUAUUUGGCCGAAGGUGGGUCCAGGAUAUCCUCGUUGGAUGUGUCUUUCUGUGACAAAAUCGGUGACCAAGCUCUAGUGCACAUUUCUCAAGGACUAUUUAAUUUAAAAAGUUUAUCUCUGAACGCCUGUCAGAUUUCGGACGAGGGACUCUCGAAAAUUGCCAGUACGCUUCUGGAUUUAGAAACUUUAAACAUUGGACAGUGUAGUAGAGUGACUGACAAGGGUUUAACGACAGUGGCGGAGGCCUUGCAGCGGCUAAAGUGUAUAGACUUGUACGGAUGCACUAGGAUAACGACCGUAGGACUUGAAAGAAUUAUGAAAUUACCGCAACUAAGUCUCCUGAAUCUGGGACUCUGGGUUAGGUGAAACGUGUUAAAUAAGUAGGAAUUUUAUAUUGUAUGCACGUUUAGAAUUUUGUGGUUAUAAGCUUUCUUGCUGGGGUUUCCAUCUAUGAUAAUAGAGAAAACAGGCGAUUUGGCACGCCUGCAUUCAAAUUCCCCAUAAGACCAUUCUUUAUUGGCCACAAUUUCCUUAGAUAUCAACUUACUAAACCGAUUUAUUGUUAGAAAUAUAUUCAAAUGUAAUCAAAAUAGUGAUCAUAACAGUUUCUGGGACAAAGCCACAGGCCUUGUAUUCCAAUAAUAUUUUUACAUCAUCACA